GGGGUGUGAUGGGGGUGUGAUGGUGGAUGUGGUCAGAAUCAGGGAGUUCAGGAGUGGUGUAACACGUGUACCUGCUUCCAGUCCUGUGCAGGCUCAGCAGGAGGUCCAGCUGAGUCCAGUUCUAGGAGGUCAGGACCUAUGGUCUGAAUCCUAAUGAUUGCGACGUGAGUUUUUAUCCAUACAUGGCUAAUGUAAUUCCUGUGAGGGGAAAAACGUACUUGAAAGACCAGUUUGACUAAGUUUUUUUUAUCACUGUGGAUUUAUUUUUAUCACUUUUAGUUAUAAAGGUAAAUGAGUUGGUAAUAUAAAAUCUUUCUGAAGUGAAACAGAAGUUUAUUCAGUUAUGUCUUGCACAACUCUUAUUCCUGUUUAAAAAACAGCAAAACAGAAACCCCUGUAUGCUUGCAUGUCUUCAUUCUGAAAUGCAGGAAAAAGAUUUAAUAAUAAUAUAUGCGGCAGGGAUAAACUUUAUUUUUCUUUGUGCUUUGUAGCCAGACUUCAUGUAAAUGAGUUCAAUGUUACCGAUUUCACAUCAACCAUUUUGGCAAUACCUUUAGUUUGGAAGGGGGGAAAAAGGGGAGAAGGAAAAGGACACCGUGAUUGACAGUUUGAUUAUUGCUAUGUAUUGUUUUGCAUGCUUGCAAAGGAAAUUUAAUUAUGAGGAAGCUUUAAAAUGAAUGCAUCAGUGUUUUGUUUUCCAGGGAGAGCAAUGCCAGCAGUCAGACACCGUACCUAAUAGUGGAAAAGCAGCCCAAGCUGAAGAGAGAUUUUCAAAUGCUCCUAGCAUUUGUUUCCACUUUCUACCAGCCACUUAAGUUGAAGCAACAUUAAACAGAAGCAGGUAUUUUGAACACCAUUGCUGGUAUGCACUGGAGAAGUUGAUGAGCGCUAGGAGGGAAAAAAAGAUUUGCCAGCUUCCAGAUCUGUGUCAGUUUUGGCUUUAAACAAAAAUAAGACCUCUGAUAGUGUCCUUAGCUUUAAACAUCAUUCUGUGCUGAAAUGACAACACUCGAAUUCAGAGCAGAUGCGUUAACUUAACCUGGUUAAAGUCUGUUUACAACUUCAUUCUUGUUCACAUAGUACAUACAGUAAGCGAGCUCUGUCAUCUUUGUCAACUGAUUACAACUUUUUCUGUUUUUUUCAAAUAUUUUUACUGAUUUAAGUUUGUAUAUAACGUAGUGCUUUUGCUUCGUGUGAGGCAAGAGUUCUAACAUUGAUUUUAUGUCACAUUAUGCUUGGGGCACAGACUUCUAGGACAGUAAUUCCUUCAGAAGGGAGAGCAUUCCUGUCGGCGUGGUUCACUUCAUGCGCACUACAAGCAGUGCUUGGAUGCUUCUCAGUCCUGUGCAGCAUUCUCACUGGGCCAACAUACACGAGAAAUCUGUUUGUUAAGCACUGUAUUACGUUGUAAAUUUGGCAUUAAAAUUUGUGUGUUUUGGCAUUAUUAACAUAAUGCUGAAAUGGUGUUUGUCUAAGACUUUAUCAUUGUGACUGAGCAUGAAACGGAGUGCAGCAUACUAUACUAAAUUAUUUGUUUCUCUGUAAACUUGCAUUUUACAGUAAAACUAACUCGGCCACCUUGAGCAAUGGUACUGUAAAGCCACAGCAACUAUGAACAGCAUGAUCCUAACUGCAGUAUUUAAUUUAACCAAAUAACUUGUGGUAAAUCCGUUGCAUCUGUAGCUUACUCUGUUAAGAUUAAGCAGUAAAGUUGGUUAUGCAAUGGGUGUCCUCUCUAUGUUGCACUGGUUCUAUAGCCAAACUUGCUACAUUAAAAUAUUUUUAGAUGAAUUUCAUUUCUUGAUUUUGAAAGCUGAAAUAUUGAAGUUCGUGAUGAUUGUGAUGGUAGGGGAUUGCCAAUGUGUAUUUAAGAUGGGCUUUGAUACCAAUGAUAAAAGGGAAUCCAUGUAGAUAAGCACUCAUCUCUCCUAUAGUUGCAUUUCCUUGAUGUCUUUCAGCAGUUAUUGAGGAAGUGUUGGUAAAAUUAAUGGUGUCAAGCAACAACAGUAUUUUGACCUCAGGUUUAAAAACAAAAUAACCAAUAGCACAAAGGUCAUGUUCUGAAUGACAGAAAAGUACUGUACUGUGGCAGCCUUGGAGAAGGGACUGUUUUGUAGAACUAUGGAAUGGUAAAAGAAACACCCACCUACUUAAAUCUCUACUCUUGUCAUGACCCUCAGCUCCUGCUGAGAGAAAACCAAAGGUGUUUUGAUGUCUUGAAAUGCACCAGGUGUCAUGUAGUAGAGCUCACGAUAUGUUGGUUUGAGUACCUUUAGGAUCGGUGCAGUUUCUGCUGGUAUGGUGUGUGUAGCAGAAAUUCUAAGUCAUGGCUUGAAACAGUGAUUGAGCACCUGGUGGGAAGGCAGGGCCAGCCAAGGGAAGCUCAGGUGCAUGCACUGCAGCUGAGUGAUCAGAAGGACUGGAGCCAGGAUCCACCCCUUCCCAGACCUCAUUUAAGGGUUGGCAGUGGAGGUGAGGGUAUCUUGCUGGAGGUCCCUGCAUACCUGAGGCCUUCUAAGGGUAAGCAGAUUUUUUUUUCCUGUUUCUGUGUCCAUGGCUGCUGCAUUUGGGCAUAUCCUCACUUGCUGCAGUUUAGGACUUUGCUACCCUGCUAUCGUUGCUGUGCCUUUAAUCGCAUUACAGCAUGACGGAGUGGUAAUGUGGGAAUAUUCACUGUGAUGUUAGUUGCAUAUAGGAAAAGGUUCCUCACCAAAAGGUGGCUGGGCACUGGAACAAUGGUCCCAGGGCAGUGGUUGUAGCAUCAAGCUGCUGGAGCUGAAGUAGUACUUGGACACUGCUCUCAGAUGUGGGAUUUGAAGGUAGAUUCUCAAUCUAUCGCUAUUAUGACUUUUGUGGAAGGAAAUGGAGGUCCUACUUAAUAUUUUAUCAUAUGUAGCUAAGAGGAGAUUUAGGAAGUAGUUGGGGAUCUGACCUUCUGAACCUUAAUCUUGAGGUAUUCUCUGGCUGGUAGAAGAGAAAGUUCUUUCCUCCAUGACAAAGCUAUGGGUAUUUGCCUGUUGGUCUCCAAGGUAAUGGUGCAACACAGUUGCACUGAGGGUACUGUGCUUGUAGCACUGCAGCACUUGAAUUUUGGGUUUGGAGAAAUAAUGAUUUUUUUUUUGUACAGAGGAAGUGAUUUUGUCCAGUAAGACAUUACUUUUUAUGUCAUCAGUUGGUGUGAUAUGGUCCCAACAAAGUAUUUUUAUGCUCCAGUGCCUGUUAACAGAAGUUGUGCAGAGAAUCUAAUCUUUAUUGGUGCUUUAAUUCACUGCCUUUGGCUUGGGUGCUGAGCCAUGUCUGAGAGUGGAUGGUAACUGUUGAGUCCCAGCUUGAACUACUGAUUGAGCACCUGGGGAAAGGACCCGGUCAGCCCUGGGAGCACAGGUGGAGGCAAUUCAGCUGUGUGAGCAGAAGGGGUGGAACCUGGCUGCACCUCUCUUAGACCUCAUUUAAGGGCUGAGUGCCCCUGGGGAAGGAUCCCUUCCUGGAGAUCCCUCCUUGGUGAAGCUUUCCCCUGUGAACCUGGAAUCUUCUGAUAUGGAUGAGCAAUCUUCUUCCCUUCCCCUCUAGCACCUUUCUAUCAUGCUGGUCCUUCUGUCAUCACGCCUCUGUUGUAAUGCCUUUCCCAUUGUAUUGAUCUGUCCAAUUGCUACAGAAGGGAACCUCAGCUUCUGUCAGGGGGUGCAGGAGAACGAUGCUCCAGCAGUACAAGACAGACAAUCUUGAUGCUUUGGCCUCAGUUGAAAGCUCCCUGGCAAAGUACUUUGUGUUUCACUAGAGGGGGUGGAAGAGAUUAAAUUUGAGUAUCUUGACCUAACCUGAGUGACUGGUUUAAGGAGAUUCCAGAAUUUCAUGGGCGAUGAGUAUUCUGAAACCCCUUCUGGCUCUCCCCUUCUCUGUCCCUGGGGUGCUGUGGUGCAUCUUCUUAGGUUCAAAUUACUGUCCCAUAGAGGCACCUAGUGACUGAACUAAAUUACACUGUGAGCUUACACCCAGAAAGAGUCUGCAGAGGCAAUUACUGUGGAUCAGCUGAUGUACUACAAUUACCCACAAAGAUAAGAUAUGAAACUAUGGCAGAUAAGGCUGAGCAUCAGCCUUGAAAUGGGUCAAGGUGUGAAACGUUAAAAUUGCCUAUUGUAGAUGCCUGACAUGACUUUCCUCUAUGGACAAGGUGAAAGAAACAAAAAAAUUCUUGAGCAGUUCCCACACAGCACUGAAUACAUACACAUAUAAUGCUUCACGAUUUCAGCUGUUGAAUCUCUGCAUUGCUGGCCAUGGUGUGCUGGUACCAGAACCCUUCUCAUUCAGGGAAGCUGGGAGCGAAUCUUGCCAGGCAAGGCCUGUCUGACCAUGCAAGGAAACAGGCCCAGUUGGUUUUUUUUAUGAAAGGAUUCUGUGUUUAGUCUGCUGCUUCCUGUUGCUUUUAUAGCCCACAUUGUUCAAACUACACAACUUUGACUGCUGCACGCCCGCAGUUCCCUUGAAGUUCCCUUUAAAUUAUAUUAUAUGUGGUAUAUAUUCAUCCCAAGGGCUUUACCAGCUGUCUUGGUAAUGGCCGUGGUUGUCUUAGCUUGUGCUCUGCUUUCGUGCUGACCACAGUUUGAUCUGUUACAAUGAAUGAUAGGCAGAAUUUCAUCCAAGCUACGGAACCAUUUUCUUAAAGUACAGAGAUGCAUCGUACCUAGUGAUUAUUUGAUUAUAAUAUAAACAAACUGAUCAUCAUAUUUGUUCCUUGGGUUACAAUGUUUGCAAGCGUGUUCAAGUGAUUGUAUGCUUUCUAGCUGUGGCUCCAGUCUUCUGCUUCAGAGGAUGUCAUAUUUAAGUGCAGAUAAGCAGGGGAGACCCAUGAGUCAAAAUGAGAUCCCUGAGCUGUGAUUCUGUUCUGAGUAUCCCCCCAGGCAGGUGUCAUGAAUUGAAAGACUGCACACACUGUUGUUGAUAUAAAUCCUUCAUCUGAUUCAUGUUUUUAUAUGAAAAUCUUUCCUAAUAAUUCCUGGCAUAAAACUUGUCUCUUCUUAAUAACUGCUGUAUAUGGUACAGUUCUUCUUAGAGCUGUCAUAGUCCCAAGAUCUCAUUUGUGGGUAACUGUAACUCAGAGCUCCUUCUUGUGGAAGGAAAAUGAGGACUGGGUUUUUCUGAUGCAUCCUUUUGACCUUUGAUAUAAAAAUGAGUAAUUUGAUUACUUACCCUAUUUGUGUGAAUGAUUGCUUACCCUCGUGCUUAGUAGUAAUGUUGUCCUGUAGCUCUUUGUAGCCAAUCUUCUUUACUCCCCUGGGUGCUAGGUUCGCUGUUUCCCUCUUUUUCUGCUAUUGGUGAGCACAGCAGUUGGCACAUGGUCACCUCUCUCUUGUGAGAGCUGCCUGUACCUACUGCAUAGCUUUCAAAUGGCAGUUUAUUAAUAAAAGCUUUCCCAUCAUCACUAUUAAAGGCUCUUGCCGCAUGCUUGCUGAAUGAUUUGCUCUAAUGUAACCCGGCUAUGCUUAUUGCCACAUGAAUUUGUGUCGGUUCUGCAAACUAUGGAAUCAAGCCUUCAUCAUUUGCGCUUCGUAGCUCACUGUUUUAGCAUGUAGGUGUUGCUGGACAGACUCAUGUCUGAGCUUGGAGAUGACUAAUUCAAAUGGGGAUUUGUGAUACCGUGCCCAGAUCCUGCUGAUGAACUGGGAGUUACCAACUUGAUUUCCUUCAGUAAAAGUAACUAGGAAAGACUUCUAGCAUGACAGUACCUCAUUUUAUUUAGCAAAGAUUUGCUACAGUGGAAAUUGCACCAACUGCUGAAGAUUCUCUGUGAUCAGACUAACUGAUCAUCUGGACUUCAUGAUUAUCCAUUAUAGGAUAGCAAGCAAGCUUGUAAUUUGCCAAGUCUUCUUGCCAGCCCAGCAACUCAUCUUCUAAGCAUCUGUUUGCAUCUGAAGAUUCAAACUGAGCAACUUGAUCUUUAAGGUCCCUUUCAACUGAAGCCAUUCUAUAAGCAAGGCAGUUCAGCAGCAGCUCAGCUGCUGUGGCUGAGCUUUGGCUUUGCAGUUAUUGUUGCAGAAUGGUCUCUUUCAUCUACAGUGUGCUUUCUUGUUAUUUAAAUUGUCUGUCACCACGUUUCCACCUUCAUCUGUUAAAUUAAACCACAGUUGGUGUUCAAGUUUCAAGAGUUGCCUUUGAGGUGAAUUUAUUUGCCAGAGCUGCUGUGUCUUCCUGGAGCGUGUCAUCUCAGGGCUCUGCUGUAAGAAAUCAGUCAUGGCUUUCUGCUUCUGAAAUGUUAGAGAGAGAUGGGCACAGCUGCUCUGAGCUCCCCAGCGCAGCGUGGAAGGGCAGGGUGAGCAGUGGGACCCACAGCCCUGAUGCUGAGCUUUUGAUUAAUGCUGUAAUGAUAGUAUGUGUGUGGCCCAUGGCUAACCUUUGGGGUUAGGAGCUCCUCUGCCUUAUAAGCAAGGAGACAGAAGGUUGUCCUUUGCCCUUGGAUUUACUUAACUAAGUAGGCAGGUGUGUACUGGGCACUGGAGGAUGUUAUUAGUUGUACCACCAAAUGGUGCUUGUGUUUCAGUUCAGCAAUUCCCAAGGCAGAACAAACCUCCGCUCUUAAAUUGGUUUAGCUACGUUGCAGCAAAUCUCUGGUUGUAUUUAAAGCAUUUCAAGAGCAUUAUUGAUUUUUUGAAAGCAUUCUGGAAGAUAAUGCAUGUGAAGCUUGUUCUCACUUGAGCUAAUUUAACUUUGGUUUGGGCUGCAUUCUCAGAGUGAGUGACUUCAAGCAUAGCUGAAUCUGAUGAAUUCCUCUUGUUCAAUACGAAUGCUUUAGUAAUUAUUAAGUUACUUUUCUUCAUCCACAAGCUAUCUGUGCACAGGAAAAAAGUCAGAUCUGGCUGCUUUUAAUUGAGCCAGUGUGGCUUUAGUUAUGUAUCAGUCAAUUUGAGGCUAAUGAAUGGAAUUUUAAACCACAGAAUGCAGCUGGCUCAUGGAUACUGAUCUCUUAAGAAUUCUUAGAAUUGCAGAGAGCUGAAAAUACAGCUGCCAGGUCAUGUGGAACAUGACAACUCAUGAACAGAGGGGAGGGAGUGCUAAAGGUGUGUGCCUUCAUAGGCCCAAUUUCAGCAUCCUUUGUCUUCUCCAAAGCAUUGCCUGAAUUCUGUCCAAAGCUCGUAGUUUUCCACAUAACAUCAGAUGCCAAGACUGUAUUUCAGCUUUGCAGCAUCUUCUGAGUUGCAGCUGCUGAGCGCCUUCAAAAAGUGCUUAAGGCCAGAUUGGAUGGGGCCCUAUGCUGUCUGAUUUAGUGGGUGGCAACCUUACCUGCAGCAGGGUAGGCCUUGAGAUCCCUCCCAGCCCAAGCCAUUGUAUGAAAUCCUCCUGCUCCACUCCUGGGUUCCCUGGAGUGGGUGCUUAGGGAAGGACAACAAUGCAAUUAGUAGGGCUCUGUCCCUUUCUGAGGAGAGAGAUGAUGACCUGAAUUCCCCUAGGCUUAGUUGCUGAAGCAGGUUUGAUUGCUCUCUUCUGCAUGGAUGAUGUACUGGCAAUCAUUUGGUGGAGUGGUAUUUUAAUUCCCCUAAGUAGUCAUGUUGCAGAAAGGAUUAAAAUGCUGGUAGCUUGAUGUUCCAAAACAGAUAGAAAUCUGUUAGGAAGAGUGAUGGAAGCACUGCCUGUGCUGUCCCUGGGAGGAACUGCCCUGUGAAAUCCCAAAGGCUGGGGGUUUGACACGAGGUGUGUGUUCAGGAAGUGCUCAAGUGUGUGACUGCACCCACUGUUGUGCAAAGAUGGAAAUGGCAUUCGACUGUUCCUUUAAUGAUACACCAACCGAGUAGGGAUGUUGUGUGAAACUCUGACUCGAGUGAAGGUUCAGCCAUACUGAAACUGGUUGGACGGUGUUAGGCAAGAUAAUGGAGUUUGCUGGAGUUGUGGGCCUCAGAGGAUUCAUGACAGAUCACUUCCUUCAGCACGAAAGGGUGGUGGAGGUCAUAUGGCCUCUGAAAGUGGGUGUCAGAUGGGAGAAACCAAGACAGACCUCAUGUCCCAGUCACAAAAUCGUUUCCUUUGCUAAAAUGAAAUUUUUCUUGGUGAAUUUUGUUAAGCUCCAUAAAGUACAAUUGUUCAUCAGCAUCAAAACUGAUGUAAAUACUAGAGUAAUGCAAUUUUUAGGAGAAUUCACUUAAAUUUAUGACAAAGUAGUAAGUUUAAAGGUUUAAAGUUUGUAAGGGUAUUGUUAGCCCUCUUCUGUCUAGUAGUCUAGAUGCUUUUCUGAGUAUUGAGGUGUAUUUUAAAAAUAUGUCUCUUUAGUCAUAUUAUGCCUCAAUUUCUCAUCUAUGAAGAGACUGUUAUUUCCUCAUCUCCAUUUUGGAUAUUUCACAGACCAGGGUUAAAGCUCAGUCCUGUCACAUCCGAUUACGUUCAAGUGAUGCUGCACAGACGAUAAACCUCUUCUUCCCUCGUUAAGUAUUUUACAAGCUUGAAGUCUUCCAUCUGCCUUAGUGUCCACCCAUUUUCUGACUUGGCCUGGAAGUUCUCUGAUGCACAGCAGGGUUUUGGUAUGGAUUGCAUCCUGCAGUAUGGGUCUGGGGGCCACUCGGUCUCCAGAAAUGGCAUUUUUGGUAAUGAGAUAUCAUCUGUUUCCUUCAGAAGAGCGGUUGCAUAGCAAGGCUGGUAGAAAUCCCUCUAUUGUACCCUUGCCCUGUGUUUGCCAUGGUGCGUUGGUGCUAAAUGACCUUUCUGAAGGCUGAUGGAGCCUUUUGCAGAUUCCCCUUUGGAUUUCAGUAGCCUGUGGUGUAAAACCAAUAAUACGCAGCCAGACUUCCUAGUGUUGUGGCUCUGUGCUCUUGUUUUAUAUUAACUCACCUUGUGAUAUCUGUGUUUAUUCUCCUAUAAUGCUCUUGGGCCACCCUGAAGGAGCUCUCUGUGCAUUAACAUCCUUGAAAGGUGCUGCUUAUUCACCACUGACUCUGUAAGCACACGGCUGAUGCUCAGAGUGAUGAUAUUGAUGCUUUGUGUGUUUGAUCCUGGGGCAAGCAGCUUCAAAGAUCUAAACCAACAAAGAAAACAGGCCAGCAAAAAAAGGCUAUUUUCUAAAUUUUCUAGUUGGAUUUCGAGAUCAAGACCAGAAGUUUUUGGUUUUUUUUAAGUGAUUCAUUUUUGUUAAAGCCACUUCAAUAUUUGUUUUUAAUGGACCAUUUCUUUUGAGCUCAUUUUACCAACUCUCACAUUGCUUUCCGAUGGUGAAAGAAUGAUGUAAAAUGGCUUGCUGCAAGAUCCCAGUCUCAGCAGCCUUGUUCUCAAUUGAAAGCAGGUGAACAACAGUCUAGAAGAUGCGCCAUCUUGGUCUGCAAUCAGUAAUAACUAAUUGAUUGGCAGCUGGAGGAUUGCACAGCAUGAAGUGGUAUCUGUACUGCCAUUUUGUUCAUGGGGCGCUCUGGCUUUUCCUCUGAACUCCUAAAAUCACAAGAAAAAGAUGUAUGAAACACAUUGCUGUAAAUGCUGUUCUUAGUAAAUGCACAGCUUUGUCUUGGACCUGGAGCUAUGACCUUCUACAAAUGGAGGCAGAUAAGAAUCACCAGACAGAUGUUUUUGUUUGAUCAAAGAGAAGUAGAACACUACACUAAAAUCCAGCAUGACUUCAGUUCCUAAGGAGUAGAGCAGUGCUGAAAUUUGUGCCUAAAGUGGCAGCUUAAAUAGACAUAGCUGGUAACCAAAGGCCAUUAAGUUCUUCAUGAUUCUGGAACGUAUUGGUCUGCUUUAGAGACUUUACAAUGAACAGUCAUUAGUGAUUUCCAUGGACUGUCUUUGGUGCAAACAUCGUUCCAGUCUGGUGUUCCUCAUUUUUUUGUGGUGCUGACUACAAAUUCUUCCUCUCUAUUUUUGGCAUUUAUUUAGUAUUAACAAACUUCCUGGUCCCAUGCUUCUUACUAAAGAUGUACUUAAAAAGAGUGACACAAAUUGCUAUUAGUUUCCCAUUGGCCAUGAAAUAGCUUUUAAUUAGUAGUUGUCACAAAAGCAGUGCUUGCUUUAAUCAACUGUAGUCUCAUUGUUUGGAAAGGCUUGCAAGGUUGACUGGCUUUCUCUACUUGAUCUGUGUUCACAGUAAUGAGGCAUCAGGGUAAUGAGACCACUACCAUUACAAUUACCAUCUUAUUAAACCCUAAUUAAGGACCCAAUUCUGCUAGGUGCUCAGUGCUCUUUGUAAGUAGCUGAAUAUCUUCAUAUACCCAUUUUGUGAUUGCUAGUUGAAAGUGAUACUAGGAGAAGAUUGAAGCUCUCUGUUCGUGCGUAAGGAAUCUGUGGUUUGUUUCAGUGCUAAUGGGGUAAUUGACCCUAAUGAUGUUGGCUGCUAUGUAAUGGGCAGAACUGCCUUUCCUUCCUCAGAGCAGCCUAGCAUCGAUGUCACUGUUAAAUGGGCUGUGAUCCACAUGGCAGAAGGCUGCAUGUCACUGGAUAAUGGUAUUUCCUAUAAAAUGCUCAAUGGUAGAUUGCCUUCUGCACAUUCAUGCACUAGUGAAAUGAGUUUGCAACUUUACUGUUCAUCAGAGCCAAUUACACAUGAACUCUACAUUAGCCAGACCUGCUUCAUUCUGAAUAAAUAACUCAGUUCCAUCCUCCUGAGCCUGGAGAACAUUAGCUGUACUGUCUCUUUUAGAAUUGAAUUUCAAGAUGACUUUUCCGCUGCCUGUUCUCUCUGUGUGUGUUGUUGAGCUGGGCGCCUUCCAGAAGAACAUUGAGGAGAAUCUCUUGUUUUUGUCUCGGGCUGAUGGUUUUCUCUUGUUUCUGUCGGGAAACUUGUGUGAACUCCUCUGAACUGAUCCUGUGGAGAGUUUUAGGCCCGCCUUUGCUCACCAGAACUGUGCUGCUCACGGUGAUGGAGACAAACACUGCUUGGCAGGAGCUGGGGGCUCCAGUAGUUAUGCUGGCCUUCUCCCUUCAACAACCCUUGUGUGUCUGUGUGUAUCUGUGACCUUCUCUGUGGAGGAUAAGUAAGGUUAAGGAUGAGUGCUAUUCCCUGUGAUGCCGAGGGAAUGUACAACACCAGAUGUGUCUUGUACUUCAAGCAGCAGCAUAAAAACAGCCCUCUUUCAUUUCAACUUGGCCUGAUUUUAACAUUGGUGUAUGUUAAGCUGGAUAUCCCUAACUUGUAGUGCUCUGUUUUCUCAGCAUGAUCAUCUGCACCUCUAAAACUGAGCUCACGUGGGGCUCCCACCAAUCCAUUGCUCCAAAAUGCUGCCUUAAUCACUUUCCGAAAGUUAAGAAUUAGGCUUAUUUUACAGGCUUAAUUGCAGUCAUAAAUUUUUUUACAUUGCUUUUGUGAUACAGAUGAAAGCUAAUUUCCUGAGUUUGAUCUUGAUUUAUCUCUUAUAGGGCUCUCUAUGGCUCUGAAGAAGUGCUCUUGAGGGCCUGAGGUGCCUGGAAUCAAUCCUUGGUUGUGGAGGGCUGUUAACAUCAGAUAAUAGUGCAUUCAAACACUUGGUGUUAAUCAUUGGUUCUUUACUUUCCGUGUUAAUUGGAAGAAUGAUUUCUUUGCUGUGUUGGGCGAGUGGUGAAUUGAGUGCUGAAUGUCAGAGCCAAUUUGCAUUGCUGUUUAGAUUUAGAGAUUCAUUGCAACUUCUGUCAGCUUACAUAGUUAUUGGUAUUUUCUUUUGCAUACACUUUGUGACCUUCAGAGGCUGAGAACUCUUCCUGCUGGUUGUCUGUUAGCCUUAUGCUUUGCACCUGGUCCUGCUGGAACUGAAGUUGUGUGGCCCAAUAUUUCACUUAGCAUCCUUGCUAAUGAGAAACAAGAUAAAGACUAAAUGAGCAUUUUCCCUCCUGUGGACCAUGCAUCGAUCAAAACUCCCUAUAGAAAGCAAUAAAAGCUGGUUUGGAUUCCUACCAGACCUGGAGGAAACUGCCUGACUUCUGUUAAGAGAGUAUCUUAGAAAGGAGCACUUGUACCUUCACAUCCUCAGUCUUAACCUGCUCCCUGAACACACCCAAGGAGUGCAAAGCAGGUAGAAAUCCUUAUCUUAAAAGGCAGUUCCAAGAAGUGGUUUCAGCUGUUUGUUAAUGGAAAAGAUCUUGUCUAUUUGUUUUUUUCUUCUUCCCCCGCAGUAUGAAAUGUGAACAAUGCAUUUAGCUGUUAUGAUAACUGGGUUUUAAAACCUUUUGAAAUCCCAUCAGUCCUAAAACACUAGAUGUCAGAGAAAAGGUUUUGAGCUGGGUAUAUUCCUAAGGAAAGUCCAGCUUGUUUCGUAGGAUCAUGGAAUCAUAGAAUGACCUGGGUUGAAAAUAGAGAUGUUCUCGGCAUGGUGCUAGCCCUGUUUUUGGAUCUCCUUUGGAAAAUAGAGCAGAGAUCUGAUUUCAUCCAAGAGCAGUAUCGCUGAAUGAAGUUGUGUCUGAUAGGAUAGCAAUGUUGCUUUUCUUCUCCUUUCACUCCUUUUAUUAUUUCAAAUUAGCAAAACUCUAACCUUACAUCUACUCUGCACUUGUGUAAAGCUAGAGUGGGGAAAACUGGACUUGAUGUACUCAUGCUUGUAAAGCUGAAGAGUCAGAGUUAGAAUGGCUUGGGUUGGCAACAGCCUUAAAGAUCACUCAGUUGCAACAUCCCUGCCAUGGGCAGGUUGCCACCCACCAGAUCAGACUGCCCAGGGGACAGCUGUCCAGUUAGGCACUGAACAAAUCUAUGGGAGAGAUGAAUCUGUGAUAUCAACUUUUUAAUCGUGGUUGUUUCAUCUCCUGAAACCUUUAUUCUCUGACAUCAGAUUGUUAGAAGAUCUUAGUUACAAUUAACCUUUAAAUGCUUAGGCAGUUGUAAUGACUGCUGAAUCCACUUAAUGCAUUAAGAGAUUAAGGAUGCCUUUUGAUGGUGGGAAUUCACCUUCUGGGCUGUCUGGGAUGGAUCAUUUCCAUUGUCUCUCUCAUAUUUAGAUUUUCUGCUGUGUGCAGCUCCUUUGUACUUAUUAAUUUCCUCCAAGUCUCUGCUGUCACACCUUUGUCCGUGCCCCUGGGCUUGUUGUUGCAGCCAAGGUAAAGCAAUUUAAAAUCAUGCAGGAGUGGAUGCUGUCCAGGAUGUGCUUUAGGAAAACCAAUGGGUUUGUUUUUGUUGCUGGCAAGCCUCUAUACGUAAAAGGAAGACUCCUGGACUCCCAGAGAAAGCACUGAACUGGAGACUGCCAGGCAUGUGCAUCCCUUUCUGUUUGCUCUGUGCACGACACACUGCAAACCAUAUCUUUUCUGUGCUCUUAAGUUUAUAAAAGAACCCACUUAUUACUUGAAGAAAGCUAUUUGCAGCCUGGCAAGUUGCACUGUUCAGAGACAAUUCAUCAAAAUUAAUAUUCCUAAAGUUUUCCAGUUUUCCAGCUUUGACUGCAGCAACUAUCCCAGUAACACAUUUCCUGCACAAGAGCACAGCGUAGGGGUUCCAUUAAUCAAGGACAGAAGUCCUCAGGUCUAUCUGUUGCUGGAAUGACACGUUCUGCCUGUAGCUGGUGCACCCUUGGAUCUGCUGCAAUGGGUUUGGUCACCCCUGUUCUAGUGGGGAAUCACAGAAGGAAGGGGGUGAUUACUGAGGUGAAAAAAGAAGGAGCAGUUGGGAUGAGGAGGGGAAGGGAGCAAGGAUAUCAGGUUUGACAGCUGUUAGCCUUGCAUUUUGCUUAGAGGCCUCCAAUGUACACUACAAGGGAACACAGGUAGGCAAAAGGCCCAGGUUGGGCCCCACGUCUCAGGAAGUGGUGCUCUGUGUUUGAGCAGAUAUUCUGCUUGGUUGCUUUCAUCAUGAAAACAUCACUUUGAGCCAAGUGGAUGUCACACUUAACAAACUGAAGAGUGGCCCAAUGUCAGUGUUGCGUGCUUCUCCAUGGCAAGUGGUGCCGAGAGGAGCUGGAAGGCCCUUAGAUGUUGGAUCCAGGUGCUGGGUUUGGCUGUUGCCAUUAGGUGUGAGGGGAUGUGGUGUUGGGUGGGAAGCACUAGGUGCUGAGCUGCUCCCUGGUUCUGAGGUGGCCAGGCUCCCAAAGUCUGGCAGAAAUGGUUUGCUUGGAAGUUAAGCACUUCAUGUAAAUGCAUGCCUGGCUGUAUCAGCAUUGGGAAAAUCAGCCUUAUUGAAAAACAAACUAAUGAAAAGGCACAGCCUUUGGCAGGAAGAAAUCUUUCGGAGUUUUGGGAUGAGCAGGAGAUAAACACUUAUGUAAAUCCUACAAGGAGAAAAAGCUGUGCAGGUUUAUUCUCUUGUUUUGCACAUCCUUUUUGUCUCUCAUUCCUUCUGAAAAGCCAGCAUCUGGCUCCCUGUGCACCAUGCCAUGUGUCAAUGGGGGUACCUGGAUGGGAUCUUACACGGAGUCUGUGCGAAUCAAUUCUCCCAGAUCCAUCCCACUGCUUGUGUCUGUGUGUUGUGCUCCCUGGCUUGCACACACAACCUGGGGGGCCCUGUAUGCGAAGAUCCUUUUUCCCCCAACUUGACCCUACAGCUGCUAUGAAGCUGUGCAAAUUCAGUUGUGCAAUGGUGCAUAAACACCAAGGUGUUUUUCCUGUACUGUACAGAUGGACAACCUUCCACACCCCAGCACGAUGCUCCUCUGUGGGUGUUGUCCCUGUGCCCAUGCUGGGAGCACCUGGCAGUGGCACGGAGCUGUGGGAGCUCAGGAGGAACAAUUCUUCCUUGGGGCCAUCGGGUGUGGGUCAUGGGCACUCCCCAGGCCUGCAGGGCCAUUGCACAACAGGUGUGCACGGAGGGAUGUGCUGUACCAUGUGCCUACAGAGCUCACAGAGGAUGCUCAACCAGCACGCUCCGUCCUUGCUUUACCUUGUCUCAAAGCAGGUAGCCAGGUGGACAACCUGAGGAUGAUGGAUGGCCCACAGCUCCGUGCUCUUGCUGUGACUGGCUUCUGGGAGGGAGGUGGAUAAGGCUUGGGAUUUAGAAACAGCCAGAUAGCAGAGAAUGUUGAUGAGCAACAUGACUUUCCAGAUACUGCUUUGUUUCUAAUCCUGCACGGCUGUGGAUGGCAUUGAUCACAUCGAUCUUGUCUGAACUGGAAUUUACUAGGAAUCUUGCUUCACGGAACAAGCUGAAAAUCCCAAGGCCCCAAACUUAGGCAAAUUCAGUGCAAGAUUCGCUUUAAUUUUUAUAUUAUCAUCACUAUUUGCAAACAUCCUUCUUUGGCUUUGGGUUGUCACAGGGACAAAACCCAUUUUUGCUGGUAUGUGGAUGUGAAACCAGUUUUCAUGGUGGCAGAAGGCCAGCCGGGGCUUGUCUGGCUGCUGGGAGCCUCUUUGCUGGGAAGCAGAGGAUGUUGCUGAGUGCCAGGCCUGGGCUCAGGCACAAACCAGUCCUGGGAUGGCUGUGCAGCCGUGUGCAGACUGAGGCCUGUGCUCUGUCUUGUCAUCCCCAAUCACCUCAUCAGCCAGCAACAAGUUUGUUUCCCCAACAGACUUCAGCUCUGUUCCCAUCCAGGCUGACUAAGAUAAUGAAUUUCAGUACUAAUCCUUUUAGGCUGAAAACAAGAUUCCAGAAGAUAUUUGUUACGUGCAGUCUUAUUCCAUGAGGGAAGUUGCAGUGUAUAUUUCCCAUACGUAUUUGCAAAAUCCUUCUAAAUAUACGCCUUUACUUUUACUAGCUUCUUGUCAUCACAGAAAGCACUGAUAGGCAGCAGUACACCCCUAUAGGCCAUCUCUGUAGCAAUCUCCUGAGCAGCCUAAUGAGUUUAUAGCCCAAUUAAGGCCUGCAGGAAACUCAUCUGAUUUCUUUCAGCUGCAAAGGUGGAGAUCAGCCUUCAUUUGAGGGCAGAGCCCUUUGGUUCUUGGCUCUUUGUUCUGCUUCUGGUUUCCUCACCCCUGCUUGUAGGGAUUGUCUCAGAUGAUGCUCAGCCAAACUCUGAGUACUGUUAUUCAAUGAGAAACAUGUUGGAGUUUGGUAGACCUACACAGCCAAGCUCAUCUGUUCCAUUCAAUAUGGAUGGUGUUCAAGCAAUGCUGUUAGAAAACUGGUGAGGAAACUCCUUGAAAGCAGUUUUAGCUAGAACUGGGUGAAGAGUCCAUAACAGACUGAAGUGAUCCAAAAAUGAAUGUCAGCUGUGAAUUUAGAAAAGCAUUAGUGAAUUGUGUCAACUGAGAGGAAAACAGAAUAAUUUCUGUUCUUAGUUCCUUAUUUGCAGGUGCUGACUUUUCUUAUUCAAAAAAAAAAACCCUGACUUUUUUUCUUUUUCAAACAGCUUGCCUUAUGUAGAAAUUGAUUCGCUAAUAAACAGCUUUAAAUGACCUUUUAAGUUAGACAGUUCUGUAGAUGGACUCCAAGGAAACCACUCUUCUUUGCUUGUCUCAGCGACAGCUUGAGAAGUCUUAAGUUUUAUCUAUCUGGAACCAAACCAUUUUUCAAAAUCCAUGAUUUAUCAAGUUUUAGUCAUUCUUUGGAGAACAAUGUUAUUUUAAUUUGACUAAGGUUAAUUUAUUGGAAGUGCAAUUCAAAAAUAAUUACAAUUAAUCCUGGUUAAUUUUUACAAUCCAAACCAUUUUAUGGUGAUAUUUUUGUUAAUGGCACAAAGUUUCCUUUAAGACUAUUUUAUAGCAUGUGUUGAAAUUGGACCUAUGUACUUUAAAUAUAUACGUGCGUGUGUGUGUGUAUAUAGUUUCUAGGGCUGAUUGGCAAAUAUGCCAACAUCUUUCAGUGACCUUUAUGACUUGAAGCUUUCCAGUACUGUCCUAAUGAAGAUGAGAUCAAAUCAGAGUGAGUUUAAAAAAAAAAAAAAAAAGUCUGGUUUAUAAUUCUGUAUUGAAAUACUCUCCAAUUACUCAGCUGUCAGAGAUAGAAUGGAAUUUAUUGUUAAGUUAUUCACUUAGAUAAUAACCUGUGGCUUCUGCUGAAGUGGAAGAGAAAAAAGGCAGUAGGAUGCCAUGUGUGACAAGCUGGUUUCCUGGUAGGCUUGUUUAGGAUUAUUUGCUUGUCCACCCUUUGAGGAGGAUCCAUUGACCUUCUGCUUUUGAUGUUUUAACUCUAUGGUAGAUCCUGAACACUGCUCUGUGGCAGUGAGUCUUGUCCAUGGAUUCCUGCCUUGCUGUGCACCAAGGACAUUUUUGGGAAGACCAUAUUUUCAGUUUCUGUUGCUGUGCCUCAUGGCCUCUGUGCUGGAGGAGCCCUUCUGUAGAGGGCAUACGUUCAGCAUCGGGCACUUGUAAACCAGAGGGCAUGGCUGAAUGAAGGCAUAUGCUGUUCAGAAUUAUUUUCACUACCCCGAACUGUAGAAAAUUCUGGCUAAUAAGAGAAUGAGAAACUUUCAGUGCUAAGCCUGAGCCUUAAGAUGUUUUGUCUAUUAGUGAUGUAGCAAAUGCUGUGGAAAACAGCCGGAUGCCUUUGAUCAGUAUUAGACUUCCACCACUUUGGCUUUUAUAGGUGGCUGCAAAUUAGAUGCCAUGUAAGAAAUCCAGAUCUGUUUACGUUGGGGCGAUUUUGAAAUGAUGUGAUCAUUCUUUUAAUGAAUAGGACUCGUGAAAACAGCGGCUCAUAAUUUCAGAGCUCUCACAGGGCUUUAGAGAUCGAAUGAAGCAGCGGUUGUUAGGGUAGUAUGGUUAGGUUGCGGUUGGACUUGGUGAUCUUUAAGGUCUUUUCCAACCUGAGCGAUUCUAUGAUCCCAGGCAGGCACAGAACUGCAUGUCCAGGGGUGGCAGUCUUCCCCAGAAAUCCCAGGCUAUACGCUAAGCUCGUUUAUUAGCCAUACAUGGUGACAUGUGGUUAUUAAUGCCAUCUUACUUAAUUUUCCAUUAGGAUUGGGAAGGAUUUUUCCCUUAAUUAUUUUAGUCAACAGUUUUACUGCAACACAUGGGAACUAAGAAAUUUUUUGUGAAGAUGUUUGCUCUGAAGUUUGAAAUCUGCCCGGGAAUAGAAUGAUUUUAAUUACAAAGGAAACAAAUUAAUAAAUCCAUGAAUGUUUCUGAUGAGUUUUUAUUUACAUUACCGGGUCCCCAGCCAGGUCUCUGUUCUUUGUCAUUCAGAAAGCAGCAGUUUCUGUCUGUCCCAAGCAAAGAAAACCAAAAAACAAACACAUACCUGAAUGUGUGUAAAGCAAUGAGAUUCACUCCUGUGAGGGAAAUGAUGGCAAUGCAAAGUAAUACAGUGACUCCCUUUGGUUAUAGCACAAAAGAUUAGUCAAAUUACAGGGGCUGCUCAUGUACAAAAUGUACAUAACAGCAUAUAAAUGCAAAUCAUUGUUUUGUUGCUGAAGUGAGAGAAAAUAAGCAUCUCCAUUAGCUUCCUUUUGUUCUCAGAAUAGUCAGUAUUUGCACUUACAUAAGGUGUUGCUGCCUGUGUGUGUGUUUGUGCUCCAUAGGAACUUUGUGCUGAUCAGCCUAAGGCACUUCCAGGCAUGUUCUUGUGAUAUUAUAGGGCUCUGAGGUGCUCAAGUAAAGCGCUAUGAGAACAAUGAAAUCACUGUUUGUUCACUGCUUUAUUCUAAUUCCAGAUUUUUUUCUGUUAAAUCAGUGAAAGAGAACUCCAAGCCUUCAGUUUUCUCCCAGCAGAAAUCCUACAUCCUGAUGCACGUGUGCUGUGAAACCGUGACCUCUGACAACAGCCAAUCUGCUGACUGUGCAGUCCUGCCAGGGCACCAUCCCAGCAUGUCUGCCAUCCCGCCAGACUGCAACUUGCUUUUACCCUUACAAUGACAAGUGCUGGAUCAUGGGAUCAUCCCAGCCUUAGAAGAUCAGCUCCAGCCGUAAAUUAAUGUUCCUCCACAAGUGGUACUUUGCAAGCAUAAAACAACAUUCUUGUCUUCUGAGCCAGUAUUGGUGUUAAUAGAAGAUUUGCCUUCAGGACUGGGUACUCAGAUCUUUCAAAUAUAGCCAACAGGUUUGCUGUAACUAUGUCAUGACAUCAGUCCAACUUGCUUUCCUUGGUGAAUGGAAUAUAUUAGGGAAUCUACACAGAAUUUUGUAUCUUAGUGCUCAACUACCUCUCCACCUACCUCUCAAAUGAAAUAUUUUUUCCUUUGGCAAGGAAAGCAAAGGUGUGAAAAAUUCUUCUACUACGUGAUAAAUUGCUGAGGAGGUGCUGGAGAGCGCAUGGAACUGAAGUGAUGGACAAGGGCUGGAAAGAGUUACUGACUCUGAUCCCUGAUAAUAAAUGCAUCUGAAUGCACAGCAAACAAUAGCACACUGAAAUAACUGAUAACAAAGCAAAAAUGGAUCAGAUGAAAAGAAGACGGACGAAGGGAAACACAAUUCAUUUAGAUCUGAAUUGUUGACUGAAAUGUGGUCUUUGCAGGUAGAUUAGCUUUGGAAACAGUAAGGCUGUUACAGGAAAAAGAGGCAUAAAAUUUGUUGUGUGCAUACUGGGGAAGAAUACUGGCUUCCUGCAUGGAAAUGCAAGUUCUCAUGUGCAGGUGCUGGGUCAGAGCAGUGGCUGAUAGGCAGCACUCUGGGGCUUGUCUGUUCUCUGAACAGGUGUUUUUCCCCUGUUGUCAAGUGUUAGAGAUGACUGUCCCCAUGAUCUGUGCAGUUCUGCACUCUGUGUCUGUGCUGCAGGUUAUUGCUGCUCCAACAGAAUGUUUCGUAUUGGCCAUUUUUUAUAUCACACUCUAUUUGUCUCAGACCAUUUCUCCAGUUUGACAAGAUCUUGUUGUGUUCCCUGCCUUCAAACAUGUCUGAAGCCAUCUCCAGUUGGUUGUUGAGUGCAUUUUAAUGUACAUCCUUUCCUAUCAGUGACCCAGGUCCACACCAAAAGUACUGGAUGGAGCAAGAUCUGUCUACUCCAAAUCCUACUGUAUAGGAGGAGUAUGUUUGUCAGUGAGUAUUUCUGGUUGUACCUGAAAAGGGUUUUGCGACUUUCUCACAAUGUUUUGAUCAAGAGAGAUCAAGCUUGCUAGUUUCUUUAGCAUGUGUGAUACUUUUCACUCCUCCCUGUCUUCUAGGCAGUUCUGCAGUCAGAAAAGGAUGCUGCAUUGGUUUGCUGUGAUUGAUUUUAGGGCAGUCCUUUGGCGUGGUUUAUCUCCUGGUUUAACCAUAGGUCUUUAGGAAUGGUAAACAUUUUGAAGUUAUGCUCUGUCUGAUGGAACACAGUAAACAAGGCAGUAAUUAAAAUCUCUUCUGGACUUUGAUCUCCUGUUCUCUCUGUACUACCAGCAAUGACUGUUUAAAAAGACACUUUUUACCAGAGAUUUGCAGUAUAAUUAAUGUUUUUCCGACCUGACUUUCUUGUGUACCAAUGACACCUCUCACCUUCAGUCCUGUGGAGGAUUGCUGUCUGCCCUGAGAGUGCAGAAAUCUGGAGUGGCUCAUUGUGUACUGAAUAAAUCACAAGGGAUGUUUUCACGUCAGUCCUUGAUGCAGUGCAAUCUCUAUUCUGCCUGACCUUUUCUCUGUUAUCUCAGCCCCUCCUCAACUUCUUUACCAACUUUUCAGCCUCCUCAUUAAAUCUGAGAAACUGUGCAGCUCCUGAGAAAAGGCUAUGAAUAUUGGAUAACGCUUGAAACAAUAGAUCUGUUUCAAAGGGAAACUGGAACUGUUAAUGGGUUCUAAGAACAGUGUGGGUUGGGAGCAUACAUCUGAUUUUCACUUGAGGCUAUAAUGCAAAAAUGCCAGCUAGAGAAAUCUCAUCACAAGGUUGAGGCUUGGAAAACACUGAGCUGGAAGCUGGAGAUUCUGAAUAGAACACACAAAUAUUUAGAGCUAUUAAAAAGAUCAAAUCAAGGACUGGGAACAUCAGGUCAGUGAGCUGGAUGUGGAUUCUGGGGCAUUCUCAAGUCACUUGCAAUCAUACUUUUAACAAAACGCAGUGGUGCUACAAAUGUAGGCUCUAAGAAAUGCUUUAUGAAAUGCAUUUUAGAGAAGUAUUUAGGUUUCAAGGAGAAGCUUCCCCAGAAAAAGGACAGAGCCCAACAAAAGUACCACUUGACUGGAAUGACAUGGUGAACAGGUUGAAAGCCUCUGAACAGUUCUUUGAACCAGGAGACCUAGGCAACAAAGGCAGAGGAAGGCCAUAAAUACAUUGUUCUAGGACAAAAUGUUCUCCUCUUGACAGUAAUGAAUAUAGGGAAAAUAAAAUUAUUAAGAGAGAUGUGGAAAACUAUUCUGACAAGUUGUUUUUUGCAAAUAUCAUCUGGCUUCAUAGUGUUUCCAAUUUUGGGUAUAAUGUUUUUAUGUCCCUUUGGCAAUGGUGGAAAAAAUACAGAUGAUUCAUAUAUAAAGAUUUAUUACAGAAAAAUGUAGGUGAUAUUUCAUCCAGAAAAAAAAUCAUUUUGAUCAUUUGCAAUUAUGGGUCAAAUUAAAUUAAAAUAGACCUGCUCUGAAAUCAGCAUCUAAUGGAAGAAUUGCAGUCUAGAUUUAAGUUUUGAGGCACUGCUUGAAAAUAAGAUCUCAUUUGAUGAAAAUGUGAAAAACUCACAGACCUUGCCAAAGUUGAACUGUGUGACAGUCAAUUCAUAGCAGUUAAUGAGAAUUAUUGCAUUUUAUUGCUUGACUUUUCUCUUCCUCUUUUCAUCUCUUGAAUCAUUUAAAGGAAAUCUAUGUGAAAAUAGCACAUUGAAAUCAAUUGAUUAAAUCUGAUUAUCCUUUUGUUCCCUUGGUUGCCAGUGGAAACAAGCACAUUUAGAAGGAGCCUCUGCUUAUCUUUUUCAGUCUGAGAAAGGCCAAUAGAGCUGAUACAUAUAUUCAAAAGCAAGAUAUGUCCAGCUGUUGGUGUUUUUCUGAUGAACAACUUCCUCUUUGUACUUCUUUCUGUCAUUAUCUUGGAAAAGUCCAGGAUAUUCUAGCCAGUUUUUAAAUUACCUUGGGGAUUUUUUUUUUUUGUUAAUUGUCAUGCAGAUUAGAAAGCCAGAUGAUUGGUUGGACCUGAGUGCCUCUUUGCAAAUGAUUUAUGGAACUGACCUGGUGCUGAGACAAUGAAAGUUUGCCAAACAGGGCUUUUUCCAUGGGAUGCUGCUACCUGGCCCUUAAUCACUGCUCUGUUCUGAGUCUCUGCAAGCUGUGGAUCUGCAAAGCUUAAAGGGGCAUUGCAUGGAUGAAGCAUCCAGCUCCUGUGGAGAGCUCUCUAUAGCAACAUGGGAUUGAAGAUGUUUACCAGAAGUUCACCUGAGAAGACCCCAGCAACAACGUUUGAGGCUCUGCUGUGAGAAUAUACAGCAAGAGUUUUCAAGGCGAUAAAAGGAAAGAUUUGUAGGUUAAAAUCAGGGAAUGAAUGAUCAAAGCUUCCGAGAGUCCCUCAAGUUACUGAUUUUCUGGUUGUUUCUUGAACAUGACAAGCUUACCGCUCUGGGCAGAAAUAAUUAACUAAUGAACAUAGGAGAGAAUUGCUGAGGAAGGGAUGGAAUACAAAACUUGUUAAAAUUUAACAAUAAGAUAUCUCUGUUUCGUGUAAUAUCUGAUAUGUUGAUCACUUUUAAUGUUAAAAGCCCAACAGUAAUUUUUUCUAAUUAUGCAGACAUACUAGCUGCUAUAGCAGUCUGCUAUUAGCCUCCUGUUUUGAAGUUCAGUCUAUGCCUUCAGCAGUACUAUGGAAGUUGUUUCAUUUUCUUUAGUUAAAUUUCAUGUUCUGUAGUUAAAUAUGUCAGGCAGUCAGGCACGAUCCCUGCCAAAAAAAGUAUCACAUUUUAAUUAUGUUGCUUUGCUUUUAAAACCUAUUGCCUGAUUGAUAACUUUAUGGGUUUAGUGUAGGAAGCAAAUUAUGUGGUAGAGCACAAGGAAGCAGAAACUGGUAAACAACUCAUAAAGUUGUCAGGCAGUAGGCUUAUAGGCCUAAAAGCAAGAGUGACAUAAUUAAAAUCCAGCUUUUUUUAAAAUUAUUUGUGGUGAAUGGAGAUCAGAAUAUAUUUAAUUAGACAGAAUGGUGGCAGAAAAGCCCACUGAAUUUGUCUGUUUGGAUUUAACUGUUGGCUUAGAUGAACCUAAAAUGUUAGGCUCGUUUGGGAGGCAGUAGGAGUAGUGAAAGAAUCACUGUACGCUGAUUUUCCUCUUCCUUUUCUUCUCCCAAGAGACACAAACAGAGGAGGCUGUUAGAUAAUUUACCCUACUGCUGCUGUUCUUCUGUAAUGCAGUUUCAAUUCAUUUUGUCAUGGGCUUACCUUGUGACUCAGAAGGCCGCAAAUAAUAUUCAAAGGCAAGGAGCAGGAAGGUUUAGUCAGUGUUAAACUCGUAAUUACUUUUCAAUAUUCUCAUUUUGCAAUCCUGAUUUGCCCCUUUCAUGUUGUUAUGUGAAUAUUUCUCCUGUCCUUCCAUGCUAAGACAUUUUAAAUCUUAUUUACUUUCCUAGAUCACGUUCCCCAUGAGGCAUGACCCUCAAACUCUAUAGAAGUAUCAGAAGAGUGUAUAACUCAUAUAUAGUAACAAGUUCCAUUAACUAUAAUUCUUCACUUUCCUUCUGAAAUACAAGACCCUAUUUUACAUUUUAUUGUGCCACGUUGCCAACCAAAAUUAUCCUGUCAUCUAUUGUUCAGAGACGUUCCUAUUUUUCCUUUUAAAAUAUCUAAAUAUUUUGUGGAUAACUACAAAUACAUAUGUAACUUCUGCAUAAAAUAAUUAUGUUUCAUUAUGUUAGUCAGAAUGACUAAGCUUUCAAUAGCAAACUUUUAUUGCAUUGUAAAAUCUAGCUGUACGUGUGUGUUGGCAGGAAGAGGGUUCUUGAAAUAUUACAUUAUUUUUGGAUUAUAAAACCCAAGGAACAUCUGGUCAACAAAUGGGUCCAGCAAUAGUAGUUCUUCAGCUUCUUUUUAUGUCAAGCAUUAGCUUAACUACUAGAUAUUCCCAGUGCCAGUCAGUCCUCACCAGUUGGUGACUGUAACGGGAAGCCAAGAACAAUAUGUGCACAGGUAAUAAAGGGCAUAUGUGUGGGUCAGCUGCAGUGAUAUAGGAGAUGUAAUAUAGAUACCUAUAUGAAUCCAGGCUUUGGUGUUCUGCUUUUUAUGGAAUAACUUGCUAGAUCAUUGCAACAAUGAGGACCCUGAGUUUUUUUGUAUUGUAGUCAGUGACAAUGAAGUCUGUUGACUUAGUAAAUCUCCAAAUGCCUCAAUUAUGUUUGAUGACAACGCAGAAAACUAACUCAUUUUCCCCAUCCAGUAUCUAUAAAACCCCAUCGGAAGCGUGAGUGUCCCUGUAUGUAUCUUACAGCAAGAUGACUAUUUCAGCUUCUGGAGUUAACAUCCUGUGCUUCCAGCUCCAGUAAUUUUAUACUUCCCAGUUGGAUGCUUAACACACAUUCAGACCCUGAGAGUCACAGAACUACACUUAUUUUUGGUUGCUGGCAUAAGUCAUUUUCAGCUACGUUGUUAAGGCAAUAUAGCAGCAAAGCUAUGUCCAUGAUAUGUGGCUUUGAAAGGGCUGUCAGGUUGAUAAAGUGAACUGUGGGGAAAUCGAGGUGGAUUCUUUUGGACUCCACACUGCACCAAAUAUGUACUUCCAGCUGAACCUUCCAGAUCUUCUUGUUCAGUUUAUGAACGUGGUGUUGGACUUCAUAAAAACUGCUGUUCCAAUGGCUUGCAUGUGACUUUUUCCAUGACAAGAAUGUAUAGAGAUCCAGCACUUUGUUUUUCAGUUUCUCAAAGCUUUGUUUCACCCUUAACGAAUGAGCAAAUGCUUGCAAUUGUCUCCUCCACAACCUGUCAAGGUGAAGCAGGUUUUUCAGCCAGUCAAAAUUUCUGUGAUUUUUUUGCUGUCUUGUUUCUUCCUCACUGCUUCUGCAGCAUUUCUGUAGCCCUCAAGCAGUGUGUAAUUUCAGUCUUGUGAAACAGGUCUCUGUGUUGCAACCAAUCAGCUAAACUAGAGGUAGACAACUACUGCUGUAAGUGGCAGAAAAUAGAGUAACUCCAAGUGCAGUAAGUGUUUCAAAUGGCUUAAAAAUUGCUUGAUUAUGAAUUAUAAACUACUUGUGCUGUCUUGAUAAUGGGAACAUCAUCUACUGUGAUUCAUUGUAGUCAAGCAGCAUUAACUUCAGAGAGAAAUGGUACAAAAAGAAAACUGCUCCCUUAGUAAUGCGGUUUUUUUUUGUGGACAAGUACUGGAACUAUACUGAAUUAUUUUACUUUGCUCAUUCAGAUCCAUGCCACUAGAUCCUUUGAUGUAGAACUUAUGUAGUUUGUAGUAAAAGGUAAGAUAUAAGGUGUCUGAGUAAUUAAGGCAAGGAGUAAUGGGUGUUAACCACUUUGACACAACCUAGCAGCUCUAAAACUGAUUGAGAUUAACAGAAUAGAAACAACAGCAAAAACCAGAAAUAGCAGAAAAUUCUCAUAUUUUUGCAAUUUGUCUCCUUAAGUGUGAAACAACUACAUAUCGAAUUGUUGGGUGUCCUUUCUGUAAGGGACUUGUAAAUUUGGAUACUCAACCCUCAUGCAAUGUAAACAGAUUUUCAGAGAAUACUGAGCUGUUCCACUGCUGACAGUUUGGAUUUCCAGGUUAGGACACUUCUAAAUUGGAAGCUUCUGUAACUUACAUGGGUAUUCAAACUGUUUCCUAGAAAACGCCAAACACAAUACUUCCUAGUGAGGUCCGGAGGAAUGAUGGCUUGAUUAGUGCGGAUCCAGCCUUUUACUCUUGUUUUUCAGGUUACUCAGAAUGUUUGAAUGAACGUGGAGUUUUGAUGGUUUUGUCCUUAUUUUAUGUAUUAUAGAAGGAUGCUUUUAUAACGCAGGCUUUCAAUCAAAAGAAAGAGGACUUGAGUGAUAACCAAAGUCUAACCCCCCUGGCUCCUUUGUAAAGAGUGGGAGUGGGAAGGAGAAAGAGAAAAGGUGAAGAAAAGAGAGAUUUCUUCUGUCAGUGAUCCGUAAGAUUAACUCAGUCUCUUUUAAACCAGCCUCUGAGUCACAUGUUCCACUGAGCUCACAGGAAGGUCUAGGAGAUAUAUCUCACGAGGCUAAAUUUAGUCCUUAUGAAUACUUACCUUUGCCACAGACUAUCACACAGCAUUAAUUGGGAAUCUAUUUUAGCAGGAAAUUCUCUCAUUAUGAAGCAUGAAUGCUGAGAGGGCAGUACAGAUUACCAUUUUUUCUUGGAUGUGUGUGUUCAGAUUCAAUCAGAUCAGUACGACACACAGUGCUAUUUAAUUUAAAUUGAGUUAAUCAGUAGUUUACAUUAGCCACAUCAUUUUGACACAGUAUUGGUAAAAACCUUGCCCUGUAGAAAUCAAUGACAAAGCCUCCUGGACUUGGUGUCGAGAUAACAUCAUGACAUUAGCUCUUCAGAAUUAAUGGAGCAAAAUAAAUUUCUUCUCUCCUUUAUCAUUCAUCAAAUUCUGACCCAUUGCCUUUUGGAUGAACAUCUUCCAACUUCUGUUUUCAUGUAUAGAGGAAAGACACUGCAUGGGUUAGUAAUGUAGUUUUUAAGACCUCUCUUUCUUUUCCUUUAUUCUUGCUGUUGAGCAAGUUGCUUAGUAACUUUGUAUUUCUGUUAAUCUUUUGCAAAUUGAGGCACAGCGGAACUUGCUCUGAGGAUAAAUAUAUCAAACAUGGGGGACUCAGUUUCUCCAUGGACCAUGUUCAAAUGAGGGGAAAGAACACUGAAUUCUAGUGUUUCAACCAUUUUUUUUUUUCAUCUCUUUCCAUACCUGCUCUCUUUAUAUAUUUUGUUUUGUUUUUCUGAUUCCCCAGGCAAAAGAACUCAGCUAUCUGUGAACAGUGUCCUGGGAAUGAGUCCACAAGACCGCUUCCCCAAGAUCCUAAGAAAGUGGCAAAGGAACCCUUGUCUCUCCUUCUUUCAAUGCUGGCAGAAUUUUAAUGUAGACUCGGCAAGAAUUACCUACUCUGCUUUCCACCAGACAUCUCUGGAAGAAUAUGAAAGACUCUGGAAGACUAUGAAGACUUGAAAGAAUAUCAAGGACUUCUGUGAAUACAGCUGAACUGAGGAAACUUUCUGCCUGAAGCCAAAACAAACAGAAAAUCGUUAACAGACUUAAGAUAGGAGCCUUCAAACAGAGGAUGAACCAGUUUCUGGCUUCAGAGGUGAAGAAAAUACAUGCAAAGCAGAAAUCCUGGUCCCAAAGUGGUUGAAAUGGAGGGAGUAAAGGGAGAAUUAGGACAAUGCUUGUUUACUAUCCAUGUGGCAACCUCUGCACAGCCAGUAAUCCAUUCAUUAUCCUCACUGAUUGAGUGCGAGAGCAGUGCAGUGGUAACUACUUCACUUAGCUGAUGGCAGACGACAAAAGGAGGGAAAUGAUGAAUUCGGACAAUUUAACCUCCCAGAGCUUCCUCUCUGCAAUUCAUAGCAACGCCAGCAAUUUAUUCUCAGGGCUCCAGUUUGUUCAGUCCUUCAAGCCACUCAUCAUCCCCUGCUACUCCCUAGUAGUUUUUGUUGGUGUCAUUGGGAAUUAUCUUCUUAUUUAUGUCAUCUGCAAAACGAAAAAAAUGCACAAUGUGACCAACUUUCUGGUAGGCAACCUGGCUUUCUCAGACAUGCUCAUGUGUGCAACCUGCGUGCCCCUGACGCUCGCGUAUGCCUUUGAGCCCAGGGGAUGGGUGUAUGGACGUUUCAUGUGCUACUUUGUGUUCCUGAUGCAACCCGUCACGGUGUUUGUGUCUGUCUUCACCUUGACUGUCAUAGCUGUGGAUAGGUAUUACGCCACGGUGUACCCCUUCCGGAGGAGGCUCACUAUCCCUGUUUGUGCCUAUAUCCUGGCUGCCAUUUGGCUGCUGAGCUGCACCUUGGCUGCCCCAGCCUUGGUCCACACUUAUCAUGCAGAAUUCCCAGAGUUGGACUUCUCCAUCUGCGAGGAGUUUUGGUUCCACAUGAGAAGAGAUCGCCUGGCUUAUGCUUACAGCACUCUCAUCAUCACCUACGUGCUGCCUUUGGCUGUCAUCUCCCUGUCCUACCUGCGAAUCUCAGUCAAGCUGAAAAACCGAGUGGUCCCAGGCAAUGUCACCCAAGGCCAAGCUGAAUGGGACCGGGCAAGAAGGAGAAAGACUUUUCGCUUGCUUGUCUUAGUGGUGGCAGCCUUUGGAGUCUGUUGGCUGCCUCUGCACAUCUUCAACAUGAUGAAGGACAUAGAUAUCAGUUUAAUUGACAAGCAGUACUUCAAUUUCAUCCAGCUGCUGUGCCACUGGUUUGCCAUGAUGUCUGCUUGCACCAAUGCCUUCCUCUACGCCUGGCUUCAUGACAGCUUUAGGGGGGAGCUGAAGAAAAUGUUUGCCUGGAGAAAGAAGAAAAUUGGGCCCGCUACAAAUUGCAUUAUGGCCAGCGUGGUGCUGUAAACAUAAGAGCUGGUGGGAGUGCACUUCCUGCAACUUCGAAACACAAAAGAGCGGGAGGAGACGGCUCUAAUUCCAACAUCUACAUUUCUUACAAUUCCUACAUUUCCAUUUGGCGCUGGUGACACUCAGCAUUGAGCGGGGCUGUGGGGAGCAGCUUGGUUCUUUGCAAAGGAGCAGCAACAUUACCCUCUUCGCCAACUACAACUGUUGGUUUCCAGAUAGGUUGCUACAAUGGCACCCUGUGUCUCACAGCAGCAGGAGGGGUUUUGGCUCUGGUGAUGUGCGUGGUGCUGAGGACUAGUUCUGCACAGCUGGGGAUUCCAGUGUCGGGAUCACAUCUGGCAGCAGCUGGUGAUGUGAUGCUGGGCAACAGGAGGGCUUGCACCUAUCUGAAGUGGCCCUGCUCUCUCUGUGGCUUCUUAGCCACAGGGAGCUGUGUUCAGUUGCCCCCAUCAUGCCCACAGUAAGAGAGGUGAACUCUCUAGAGGACAUGUGGCAGUGGAACAAAAUAGCAGCUUUGGCUCAUGGUCAAAGGUUAUAGCACAUCCUACUUCUCCAGUUUGUCUAACCAGCUGCAUUUGGGAGGUAACAGAGAAGCAGUGCGCUGCACUGUGCAGCACGUCUUUCUAGGGAUUGCAGAGGCAAAAAGAAAAAAAAAAAGAGAAAAAUGAGUAUUUUUUGCACUCAAGCAAAAAACAAUCAUCCAAAGGUUACAUCUGAAACAAGCCAGGGGCUGCAUUUCUGCUUGAGUGUAGAAAGAACUACUCAAGCUUUCUGGUGAGCAUGGUCCAUCACUUGCAGUGGGCCAGCUCAGCUCAGCAGCCUUACUGCAUGGCUCCUUGCAUCCCUCAGCAAUAUGACAAGUCUAAAUAAAGGUAAGUCAGGUAUAUAUGCACAACCCCAGAACUGCUUGCAUUUGGUCUGGAGAUGGAUGAGUUGUGGGGGGAAUGUAUUUGGGAAAGAAUCUUUUAUAAAAAUGGCUGAAAAGUUGGGCUGAAGUUCUGAGUGUUCAACCAACGUACCCCUCAGCAAUGGCGCACAGUACAACGUACCAACGUACAAUGGCGCCUGUGGAAAUUGCAUACAGAUCUGGCAGCAUUGAGACGAAAGCAAUCCAAAUGCCAUGUGAAAGAGCUAUUUAUAAGCUACACUGCUAAUUAAAAAUUACUUUCUGAGUAACUAUUUAUACAACUUAUUUUGAAUCAUUAAGAAGAAAAACCCUCAUCAUUCGGCUUUGGAACGAUUUCCUCUCAAUUAUUAGAUCCGUUUAAAAUUCAGCAUCUGUUAAUAUGCAUAACUUAGAGAAAUUAAAAAUAAAUUUGAAGCCAUCUGAAGGACUAGACGCAGCAUAUGGCAGACCUGCUUAAUCUUAACAAAGUCAAUAAUAUUUUCAUUAUGAAUCACCUCUUCAUUAAAACAUGUAUUCACGUCUGUUGUAUAAAACAAUGUUUAUUUGCUAAAGCCUGUAGUACAACCCUUGCAAUUGCUGUCAGUCACAAUUAAUGACAAAUUGGCUUGAUAGUGCUUUGUCUUGGUAGAUUGCUACAAACUGAGGACAGAUGAAAUGCAAACCACCGAGGGCCAAACCAAGUUCUAGCAACAUCACCAACAACAUGCAGGGAGACUCUUGGAGAGCCCAGUCUUGCCGUGCCUACCGAGUUCCUGAGGGUGUUCAGGAAAUGCAUAGAUGUGGCACUGCGGGACCUGGCUAGCGGGCAUGGUGGAGAUGGGUUGGCGGUUAGACUAGAUGAUCUUAGUGGCCUUUUCCAACCUUAAUGAUUCUGUGAUUCUAAAAAUGGUUUUCUUUGUUUCUGAGACAUUGUGAAAAGCGCUGUUCAAAUCCUUUUCAUAAAAAAAAAUGACGUGGUGUCUUCAUGUUCUCACAGUUCGUAAAAUUGUUCCUUUAUUGCAAAAUCAAGAAGUAAGUUUUCCCAUGGAGCAGUUUCAAAUGGCACUACCUGUAUGUGCUGUUGAUGAGGGUAAGAUGAACACAUGAAAGACAGGUCAGACUUCAGAAGAGGAAUUAAAAGUCAGACCGCCCACAUCCUGAAGUCUCUAAAUUGUUGGAGGAGUGUGGUUAUGAACUCAAAAUGUGUCUUGUAGUUGCUUACUGAGAUGAUUUACCCUUUUUCCCCCAAGUAUUCUGCUUGAGUUCUGGGCUAUUAAUUCUCAUACAGAGACAUCUCCCUGCAUCCAGGCUCAGUGAUCAACUUUGAAACCACAUCUUCACUUUCAUCCUCAGCGACAGCUGUCAGUGGGCUCAGUUCAGUGAACAACUUAUUCUGCACAUUAGCAUUCAACAUUUUGGGUGAAAUCUUCUCCCAGUGCACAGUACAAACAGCCUUUCUGUUAUGCUGUUUGUGCUCCUAUGCAUUGAGCCAAAUGGGCUUAAUAAGUUUAAGUCUUAUUUGUGGGUUUAGCUCAGAUCUGCUUUGUAAGAAUUUGAACAGAAAUAACACAGUAACUAUUGGGCCUGGGUUAAAUAGCUUUUCUAGACGUGUGAAAUGUAUUAUCAAGUGAAACAAAGCAAAACAAUAUACAUUAAAGGAAUCAGUCAACAUUAAAGAAUCAACUGUUCUUGAAAUACCACAAUUCCUGGGGAUUAGGUCACCUGUAAAAGGGGUAGAAGGUAUUUCACUUCCACGGGUCAAACAUUAAAACAUUUGAUAGCUUUCUAGGUCAUUACAGGUUUGCUGAGUGAUCAGAGAAGCACAGAUUUGAGGACAGGACAAAAAAGCAUGGGAUUUUCAGUGGCAAAAAAAAAAAGAGCUUGACCAGUUUUACCAGCAACCUCAUGUUCAACAAAAACAGCCCAAUUUGCAGAACUAGCUGUGGUGGAAAUAGGGGCAGUUCAGCAAACAUUUUUGCUUGCAGUCAAAAUGCGAGGUGUUCAAAACCAGAGGUAGAAGGUGGGUUGGAGGAAGGCCAAACUGGUACAAGGAUGGUCUUAUGAGUUUCGACACCAGUGAAUAGAGGCUGAAGGGAGAGUACGGAUUUAGAAGGCUAUUUGCAUUCAAAUAUUGAGACUGGAGAAAGCUUGAUGUCAUCUAGAGCUACAUCAAACCUUGCAAUUCACCUAUUUAAAAUCCUAGCAAGCCCUUCAGAUUACACUAAGUCUUAUAUAUUUGAUAAAAAAAAAUGUGCAGUUUGAUUCAUUAUUUUGAUUAAUUUAAUUACAUAAAGCCUAAGCUCUUUGUGCAAGAAAGCUCUGAGCGGGAGCUGUGUUCACACUGCCUUUUAUUUGUUGUAGUCCAAAGACUAAACCAAGCCUCUCUGAUUUUCUGCUGUAGAUAAUAGCUCCAGACUGAGUUUUGAGGUGCCUAGCCACAAGAUUUUAAUUUAACAUUCACAGCAUCACCAGAGGAUAGAAAACAACAAGCAGUGUAAAUAGAAACUCUUGCUAUUGACCCAUUUACAGCAACUAAACAUUUUUAAAACCAGAAGAGAUGACAGAGGAGCGCUAGAAGCUUUGAAGUAGUGUGUUUCAUCUCUGGAUAGCUAGAGGUGUUUUCUGUGAAACUACAGCUCUUGUGACCUGAAAUUUCUGCCUUCUACAUUUGGUCUUGGCAGUCCCAGAGCACACACGUUUCCAGGGAGAGCAAUACUCUUUCAAAAAAUAUUCUUUCCUCCUGAGCUAGAUACUGCUGCUUUAAAUCACCCUAACCAGAACUGCUGUAACGCAGCAAGCAAGACAUUGCUCACAACUAAAUACAGCAGAGCCUAGCUAUGCAGGUGCAUGCUAAUCUCUUACACUCGUGGAUGAGCAUCCAACAGAUACUUAUUAUUCACUGAAUCUCAACCCCACAUGUAUAUUUACCACUAAGUGUUAAUUAGCAAUAUGAGAAUCCACCACAGAGAAACAGUUUCACUUAGUUCAGGAUAAGCAGCAGGGUGGGAUAAGCAAUUAAUGUGGGUUGUAUCACAUUUGAGAAGCGGAGAGCAGGCUGAUAGGAAGACAUAACCCCUCUGUGAUUCACAGCACUUAAGCACUGUGAUGUGGCAAGCUUUGAAUAUCUCCUUUUGAAGAAUAUCUGGUUAGAACUAUCUGAACAAAAGGGAAAAAAACACUUGUUAUGCCUCAGUGAUUGCAUGGAGUCACACUGUGUGCUGCUCCCAGGUACCCAAGAAACUGUGUUCCAGCCCCACCGAGGUUAGGAGCCUUCAUGUCAGAUUUAAGCAGACACUUUCCAAGAGGCUUUCCCAAUGCCCAAGCCUGGAGACAGGUCCUCCUGAAAGCCACAGCCAACACAGGACUAUAAUCCACAAGGCACAUGCAACAAAGCAGAGCAUAAGCAGAGAUAACCAUCAUCCUAACCCAGAGCUGAAGCAAGUGCUCUAAAUCAGAACUAGCCAGUGGAUCAAGCUCCACUGGAGCUAAUACCAAAUUGCCUUCAUUUCAAUAUUCAGCACUAUACCAUGUAAGAAAAUGACUAGAUACCCUCUGGAGUCUCACAUGAAGUUUGCCUCCCUGGAACCUGCUGAUCAGUUGUUUUCUCCCUAAUUCUUUCAAAAUUAAAAUAAAUAAAUAAUAAUAAUCACUAUUCCCCACCCCACCAACACCUUUCUACCCUCUCUGCUAGAACUCACCCUCUGAAGAACAUUAUAUCCUCCCAUUCACCCUCCAACAAACCCCUCACCCCCUGCCCCACGCAGCAGCCUUUAAUAGGGCAUGCAGCAAUCCCAUAGAAGAUGCCAGCAGUGCUGCUGAAGGCUGGGUGUUAUGGGAAUGCUUUGUAGGGAGUUCCAGCUUUGUAAAAGACGUGUUUUACAGGAUUGCAUUCUUAGUGGGUAUAUGAAGACAGAUAAAAUCCAUGUACGCAAAAGGAUGCUUAUAAAGAUGACACUAAGAAAGAAACCUAUUGAAAUAGAAGGAACUCUCCUAAUCUGUUAAGAAAAUAGAUAUACUGAAAACUUGCAAAGAAAUAAAAAAUAAAAAUACUGGGGUGGGGGAGGAGGCAGCAAUGAAGGAAUCAAGUUUCCACUUAAUUGUAGACCUCCUGCUUCUACCUGAGUAGCAAAGUGCUGUUCCUAAGCUGUCAUGUUCUUUCUAAGAAACUUGAUCUCCUAAUUAUAAUUGCUGUCUCUGUGCAGAAGGUACUGACAGCCAAUUUUUAGAUGCCUGCUGAUCCUGGGGCUGCCUAGAGGAUGGGGGAUGAUGGAUCAGUGCAAUCAGUACAGAGCCAGACUUGUUCCUACCUAACUGGCUUUUACUGUAGAGUUUGUGCCACUGAUCAGCAGCUCAGUACAGCCCCAGGACCAUUCCUUACGCUUCCUAUUCAGGCAGUGCAAUGAAAGCAAGAAUGAUGGGCUGCUGGUGGCAAGCUGUGGUCAUCACAGCUCCUCUGAAAUGAGCAGGGAGCAGCUCAACCAGGUGCUCAGAGGCUGACCUUGGGUGUUUCUAGGGACAUCACACUGACCACCUCUCCGGGCAACACGUGCCAGUGAUUUGCCCCUCACUUCUCAUCUAUUUCCUUUCACUAGAUGCUUAAAACAGGUGAUGUGAAGAUCACCUUAGCUUCAGUGUGUCUUCAAAUCUUGCAAAUCUUUUCAACCUGUGUGAAAAGCUGCAGGGUGAAAACAACAGGCUCUGGAUGCUGUAUGAGCUGGCACGCAGCCUUCUGUCCAUAUGCCUGUGAACUGUCUGAGCAAGAAGACAAAUCAAUACUAAUUAAUGGUCCCCUGGAAAGUAAAUAAUUUGCUCACAGUGUGCAGUGUAGCAAGGAACCCUGUAGGCUAUUUCUGCCUUUGAUUUAUUACACCAUACAAACAAAGGUUUAUAGAAGUAGUUUGGAACCUAGAAUCCUUUCCUUGUAAAAGUCACAGCUUCUAUUGAGAUGAAAGGAGCCAGGGGGAGGAACUGGGGUUUUUACAUCUGUGGGUGCAGUAGAUAACAAUAACCAGUGCCAGUUGACUGCUUGCUAAUUCAGAGCAUCUCCUAGGGACUAUUCCAGAGGGAACAAACAGGGAACUAUUCAAGGGCUCAAGCAUUUAUCUUUGUAGAUCAACCUCUCAUUUCCUGCAGAAUGGAUACUGUUCUGGCAUUUGGCCUCUCUGCCUCGCAGACAGAUCUAGAAUAAGAGAGAACAAUGCCAAAACCUAGAAAUGUUGGCUAGCAAAGGUUACCUCUCAAAAGCUAUGGCAGAAGUUUAUGCUUUCUUGUGCUUGUGCUAAGGGGUUUUUAAAAGUGCUGAAUCAAUGGCUAUUGCAUUUGCUUCAUCUGCAGCUCCAAGGGAAGGCUCAGGAGUGGCCAAUUGUAGGAAAAGGUUCUUUAAAAUGUGUCAAACCUUUUGAUUGCAGAUGGCCAAUUAGCAAUUUCAGGUUUUGGGAAAUGAGUGCCAUUAGAGAUGGGUUCUUCCUUUAUUGCAGUCCCUUCCAGCAAGGUUUGUUCUCACAGCACAUAAGCAAUUUUGCUUAAUUGCCCUGUGGAAGUGCAUGAUGUUAGGAAAUGGACCAUUGUACACUGGCUGAAAUGCUUUUGAGUGCUGUGCUGUGUGAAUGUCACUUCACUGUAAGCAGACAUCAUGAGUUUUGUUCAGAAAACAGCAAUGUGUGUGACAGUGAGGAUUACCUACAUGUGGUGACAGCACAGAGAAACAUUGGAUCAUGUUUAGCUUAUGAUUUCCCAUAAACUUGAAUUUCUGGAGUUUCUAUUAUUUUUUUCCACCCUGUUUUUUUGCAUUUUAUCACUCCCACCUACUGUACAUACAUCUGCUUGGAUCUGUAAGGGCUCACCCAGUGUUUUCAUACCAUUUCUCCAGUUUGUCUAGCUUGUUAGAAUUUCUAGUCCUGUCAUUAAUAUACUUGCAUCUCUUCCAUCUUAGUGUUUUGUAGAGGUUUAACAGGAUAGAUUCCAGCUGCAUCUAGCAGGUUGUUCUAAAAACAUUUUGAACAUAGCCAGCUGCAUAACAGUUGUAGUGGAAAUGCUAAGUCAUGGCUUGAAGCAGUGAUUAAGCAGCUGGUGGGAAGGCAGGGCCAACCCAGGGGAGCUC